AUGGCUUCCAAGCAUAGAUCACGUAAGGAAGAUAAUGGUGGAAGCAAGUCAUUGAUUGUUGCUAAAAAUAGCUCUAUUAAUAGCUCACACUUUGCAGUUUUAAGUGAACAAGGGACUUGGGUGGCUAGGGCAUCACAAGCUGAAACUAGUAGCACGCAGGCCAAUCUCUUGUGUCCCAACCAAGCUCAAUUCGCUUCACUCAAAGCCAAACCAAACAGAACUAAGGCUCUUCCAUCUACUAUGACUCAGCUCAAAAAUAAGGGUCCAGAUGUUACCAACUGCUGCAACAAAAAAGAUGACACUAGAGGCAUGAAGGCUAAAACUCAAACAAAUAGGCAAACAUGUGAAGAAAAUAGACACACUACAAUGACGGUCAUUGACAGCACUGAUGAACUGCCAAUAAUUGAGCUAGCAGAGAUAGAUCAGAUUUUCGAAUUAUGUGAUUCCAUUAAUGUUGAUGAUAACACAGAGGAGAUUGGGAUUGUGAAGUCAGGGAAGGAUACUGAUAUUCCAGUUAGCAUUGAUGAACCACCCGACUUACUGGUGACUGACCCAUGGCUGUUGGGUGGUGAAUUUAAUACAAUGCUGUUUCAAAUAGAGAAGAGAAAGGGCAAGGUUUCAAUGUAUAUAAUAGCUAUGCCUUUUCUUCUUGCUUGA